CGUGCCAAUGUCUUUUACCUCCAACUGUUUCCUUCCAUGACCUGGUUUAAUUAGGUCGGUCAGAUGAAAAUAAACCCUAAUCGUAGCUCUCCUCUAUUCCUCGUCUUUGAGCAACUGCUUCACAGGGCUAGGGUUGGGAGAAGCACCAAAAUCUCCUGGUUCUCCCUCAAAAUGGCGUUUCUCAGUUAUAUUAUCGGCUUUAUUGCGAAAGGGAUACAGAAGCGAGAGGAGGAGGGAGGGAAUGAAGAUUAGACACCACACCGAGAGCAACUGGUCGGGAAGAUAGAGAGAGGAACACAACAAGAGGCUCGAUCGAUUGCUGAGACUGUUUUCUCUCGCUCGAUCUUUCCGUCGUUGUUAUCUACUAGCAGAAUUUUCUUAAUAUUUUCGAUCAAUUGCUCGUUCUUUUUCCCCAGAUUCCCGACGAGCUCUAAACGUUGCUGCGAGUGUUCUUUGGGGGUAUCCCGGAGGCGAAAAGAUGUUUCUUUCUACAUCAAACAUGAAGCCUUACCUAUAUCCUUGUUCAUCUCUUUGUCUCAAAGAGAGACAUCAGUGUAAUUUCAACUCUUUCUCUGCUAUCAAACAAAUCCAAGGCCUUAAACACGUUGGAUGUUUUGCUACCUCAAGUGAACCUGAUAAUAUGGACAGGAAUGCUAAAAAAAAAGUCCCUCCAAGGACUAGGAAAAUGAAGUCCAAAGCUUUAGAAGGUUUAGGUAUAGAAUCUAGUAAAAAAAAUCCCACUACAAUUCCUAAGAAGCCCAGACGUGGUCGUAGGAGUGAAUCAGCUGCAGUUGAGGAUUUCGUGCGGGAUUCUCUUGAACGUACCUUUGCAGCUAUAAGGGAGAAAAAUCCAGAUAUCAUGGAAGGCAAAGGAGACAUCUUGAAAGACCGCAUGGCUGCAAUUCAUGACGUUGGUUGUAGUAGCGGUGACAGUGACGAGGAAGCCGCUGAUGGUGAAACUAAAGAAAAGGAGAUGGUGGUUGAGGAAGAGGACCCAGAUUGGCCUCUGGAUGCAGAUGUGGGUUGGGGAGUUAGAGCAUCAGAAUAUUUUGAGAGACAUCCGAUAAGAAACAUUGUUGGGGAAGAUGGUGUUGAGAUUAAUUGGGAAGGAGAACUUGAUGAUUGCUUGGUGAAAGAAAUCAAUUGUCUUGAGUGGGAAAGUUUUGCUUUUCAUCCUAGCCCUCUGAUUGUCCUUGUUUUUGAGAGAUACAAAAGUGCGAGUAAGAACUGGAUAGCUCUCAAGGAACUAGAGAAAGCUGCCAAGGUGUACUGGAUGGCCAAGGAUCGAUUGCCUCCUCGGACAGUCAAGAUAGACAUCAAUAUUGAAAGGGAUUUGGCAUAUGCUCUAGAUGUUAAAGAAUGCCCCCAAAUAUUGUUUUUGCGAGGAAACAGCAUUGUACACCGGGAAAAAGAGAUGCGAACAGGAGAUGAGCUGGUUCAGAUGAUCGCACAUAUUUACUACAAUGCCAAAAGGCCUGCAUGUUUUAACAACUAGGUACACCUCCACAAUCACUCCCAGAUGGUAACUUAUUGGUUCCGUAUUAUUAUAAGGUUUUGUCUUCGGUUCCAAUUUCGUCUUAAAAUUUAAUUAUAACAACUUGUUAUGUUUUCUUAUGCAAGUAGUAAUAAAAUAUGAUGAUAGUUUUGGAAUUUCAUCUCAUGCAUGUGAGGACGUGAGGUCGGACAAAUGUCUUAUAGAGCAUCAAGAAUGUAUUGAUAGGAAUGCACACUUAUUUAUUUCUAGGGGGUGGGGGUGGGGGUGUAAGAGCUGUUCAGUCAGCUGUUUGAGUAACCAUGUACAUAUUAUACUAUUAUCAAUGUUCGAAAUUGCUAUGAACUGAUUUUGG